GGCAGGGGCGGGUUUAAGAGCUCGGCGUGCGCGGACCCGCGGGAGAACCCGGCAGCUGCUGGCUGAGCACCCAAGCCCUGCGCCACGCACGCGCCCGGGCCCCGCGCUGCUGUCACCUUCGCUUGGGGAAGGAGCCUCGCGCACCAUGCCCCGCAUAGAUGCGGACCUCAAGCUGGACUUCAAAGAUGUCCUGCUCCGACCUAAGCGGAGCAGCCUUAAGAGCCGCGCCGAGGUGAAUCUUGAGAAUACAUUUACAUUUCGAAACUCGAAGCAGACCUACUCUGGGAUCCCCAUCAUCGUGGCCAACAUGGACACCGUGGGGACAUUUGAGAUGGCAGUUGUGAUGUCACAGCACUCCAUGUUUACAGCGAUUCAUAAGCAUUACACGCUGGAUGACUGGAAGUGCUUUGCCACGCUGCACCCCGAAUGCCUGCCGAACGUGGCUGUGAGUUCGGGCAGCGGGCAGAAUGACCUGGACAAGAUGAGCAGCAUCCUGGCGGCCCUGCCACAGGUGAAGUACAUUUGCCUCGAUGUGGCCAACGGGUAUUCAGAGCAUUUUGUGGAGUUUGUGAAACUGGUCCGAGCCAAGUUUCCCGAGCAUACCAUCAUGGCAGGAAAUGUGGUGACGGGAGAGAUGGUGGAAGAGCUUAUUCUUUCCGGAGCAGAUAUCAUCAAAGUGGGAGUUGGGCCGGGUUCCGUGUGUACCACCCGCACCAAGACCGGGGUGGGCUACCCCCAGCUGAGUGCGGUGAUAGAGUGCGCAGACUCUGCCCAUGGCCUCAAGGGCCACAUCAUCUCUGAUGGAGGUUGCACAUGUCCAGGAGAUGUCGCCAAAGCCUUCGGAGCUGGAGCUGACUUCGUCAUGCUGGGAGGGAUGUUCUCGGGCCACACGGAGUGUGCAGGGGAAGUGAUCGAGAGGAACGGACAGAAGCUCAAGCUGUUCUACGGGAUGAGCUCGGAAACGGCCAUGAAGAAACACGCAGGAGGAGUGGCUGAGUACAGAGCCUCUGAGGGCAAGACUGUGGAAGUGCCUUACAAGGGGGAUGUGGAACACACGAUUCUGGAUAUUCUCGGGGGACUGAGGUCUACCUGCACCUAUGUGGGGGCCGCCAAGCUCAAGGAGCUCAGCAGGAGAGCAACGUUCAUCCGGGUGACCCAGCAGCACAACACUGUGUUCAGUUAACCUUGGGACAAAGCUGGAGCCGAAGCCGCCAUCUCGCACACCGCUUUUCCCAUCUCCCUCCUGUCCAUCGCUCCAGAGCUGCUGGCUGCUCCCGAAUGGUGGAAUGCUGCGUCCUUUCUCCCCUUCCUGCUGCCUGGAGGCUUUGGGGCUCCCUAGUGCCUUCUUGGGGCCCAGAUGCAGGGCCCUAAUUGGGCCAAUGGCCCAGGACUCAUAGCCUCAUUGUUCACUUGCACCUUUGUUUUUUUUUUAAGAAAAUGGUUUUCCUUUAAUAUAAUGCUAUUAUCUUGAGAUUCCAUGGAGUGCUGGAGUUUGCAUUUGCAGAAGCCAAGUUUCACGGGGUUGUUAGAGAUAGUGCUGCUGCCUUCCUAGCCAGGUAAGUGGCACACGUGGCUGCCAGCAUUGGAGAUGCCCUGGGGAGGGCUGGGCUGAGUCCAGGUAGCCGGUGUCCCUUCCCCUCCAGCUGUUGGUGGCUGGAAAAGGGCAUAAAGCUGCUUCUAGGAAGCUGGCCCUAUCCUGGGUUUAGUUUAUUUUUCUCCAUCCAUUUUUUCCUUCCCUUCGCCAUCUCAGCUGGUCAGGCCGGCCCCUGUCAAAGAGAUUAUAAAAGAUGAUGUGUGAAAAAUGAGCAGGUAGAGUCCUACUGGAAAACAGAGGCUUUGCUCAGCAGCCCCCUAAAAGGCAUUGGUUUAAAAAGUGGCAUUUCCAUCUUUCCCUUGCUGGGAUUUAUAUGCGGUUCUGCCGGACAGUGGUGAGCUAGUGGGCUGGUGAUGGUGACUCUGUCUUGGAGAAAGGACCCACCACGGUUCUCUCAGUGCUAGACACUCGAGUUGAAGUUACUGGUCGAGUAAGUUCAUGCAUGCCAGAGUAUUCUGCUUUUCUUGUUAACAAGGCGAAUGAAGCAGGGACCUGAGAUUGUCUCUGAAAGGCGAGCACGGGCCUAGAGUAGAGAAAGGGCCUAAUGGUGCUAUUGAGGCAGGCAUCCAUCACCCGACAUCCUGAGGGACCUGAGGGACCCGAGGGACCCGAGGGCCUCGUCCCAGCAUCAUGCUGGGGAAGUAGAAGCCCGUUUUUAGUCUUUUAAGGAAAACAUUUAAAGGCCCAGCAGUUUUUAGCAAUUAUCUAAGCCACUGCCCCCAUUCUUAAUGCAUUGCUCUUGUAGCCAUAGAAACAUGAAAGGCUGCACUUGAGAGAUGAGAGUGAGGUUAGGAGGGCAGAGGGGGAGGUAGAGUGAGAGGAGGGUCACGACAAGGGCCCCGCCUCCUCCCUGCCUGUCUCCGUGCAGGCUCAGCCUCUCCUGACUGACACUCUUCAGAAAUGUUUGGAGAAGAAGAGAUGUGAAGAAAAGUAAAUCUUAAAGAAAUCCCUUAGGAAGGUGCUGCAGUGGUAAGGGAAUGUCUUUCAGGACCAGGUCCAACUCCACGCUCCUGCUGUUGUAGCCAGAGGUCACCAGCACCCCGUUUUUCUGAGACCUGGCUCCCGUGCCACCGUCUGUGCAGGGAGGGUGACACCUGGGCUGCCUUACCCACCUCGGUAAAGACUUUGCCGACUAGCUCUUCGUUUUCACGACGGAAGGCAGGUCCCUUGCAGUCCACUUUCUAGUGAAGUAAAGAUAGUUACUGCAAAGCCUAAAACCCACGAGGAUCAUUUUAAAGCAGAGGCUUCCUGAGAACUAAUGCCUCACUCCCUUUAGCUUUCCAAGUCUUAUCCACUUGUAGUAGUUAUGGACUUGGUGGGGCGUCCCUCAGCCCAGGUAGCAGACAGGAUGUGGGCAGAGGUCAAGCGUGUAGCCCCGCUGCCUCCCCACUGGGCUCCCUGUGCUGGCAGGGGUGGGCCAGGGCGAUCACCCUGGUGCCAUUCACCUUCACGAGGCAAUACUCGAGGCCUGCCCCCCGCAGCACACAGCUAGUCUUUGCCCCUAAUCAGUGUAGUCCCCGGUGAUGUCACACCAUUAGACUCCAAACUUGGCUGGUCCCUUAGUGUCUAACGGAAGCCAGGCCGGAAAGGAAGAUGGGGACAGCUUCAGCAGGCUUGGCCAAAGCACAGUCCACUCUAAGCCAAAGCUGCUCUAGAGGAGGACACAGGGCAAGUCCUUCUCGUCUGGUCUGAGGAUCAUCCAGUCCCCACUGGCUCAGUGCCCAUCCAUUCACACCCUAAUGCAGCUGUGGUGGGACGUCUGGUUGCAUGUCCCCAAAACUCACCAAGAUGACUGUGGAAGGGAAGGAGUUCCCAUCUUGCUGGGGCCAGGUGAAGACUUUGACUCGAACCCCAAAGUUAACUUUCACCUGCGUUAACCUUGAAUUCGUAACCAGACAGCCAUCCAUGUAGUCUGGAAUCUAACAGUGGGGACACCUCAAGGGCCUGCAUUGAUCAGGGGCACCCCCAGCUGUGUGCUGUGACACAGCUGGCCUCAAAACAUUGAAAGCGUCAUCCAUGCAAGUCACAUGGCACCCAGGUUAUGGGCUUGGUGGCAGGGGGUCUUGAAGAGUGACUUUCAGGGCAACUGUUGAGCCUCCUGUUUUUAUGACUGAGCCCCACACAAACCUGUGGCACGGUGUUCUGCAGACAAACACAGGGAAGCUCCUAACCCAGUGAGCCUUCCCUCCUCUGACCCAGUUUACAGCUGAAGUGUAGGAAACACACUGAUUCUAUCACAAGAGCCCGUGGAGCUGCCCAAUGCUUAAAAAGAAAAACCAUUUAUAAACAUCAGUAUUCAGAUAGGAGAUACAGGCCUGAGCGGAACAAGACAUUGGAUACGGACACAUGGACGUUGACGUUUUAGCGUAGAAUGUUCUAGAACCUUUUCUUUAGCACAGCCCCAUUCCCAACAGAAGUCAGCAGGGGAGGAUUCAUGGGAUCACAGCACAAGGAAGAAAGAGCUGCCACCACCAUUUUCUCUGCCUUGUCUUUGAGGAUCCAACAAAAAGUAAAGCCACACAUUUGCAAUUGGCACUGUUAUUUUAUUAGUACGAGUAUACUGAAACAAUAAACUUGUACUGGUAUACAGACAAUUUAUUUAAAACAAUUUUGUUCAAAUUUUGAAUCAAACAUUGUUUUAUUAUAAUAAUGAAAUAAUUUCUACCUAGAAAACCUGCAAGCACCAUCAAAGAAAGGGACCAUAAAAUUCAAUAAACAGACUCGAGUGUAUCCUACAAAUAGACACACCACGAUUAGAAAAUAGAAUAUGAAUUCUUCCAUUUUUUUAAUAUUUGUUUUAAAAAAGCUAGUGCAAGUACAAUAUUUUACACUGGAAUUACAGAGUAUGCACGCAUAUGGAAAAAAGUUCUGUCACAAUAAAAGCUCUUAACUAUGUA